UGCAAUUACUAGUAAAUUAAAUAUCGAGUGUAUUUUUUUUUAGGAUUUGAAACAACGUGUUUGACAGUUGUAUCCUAACCUCAAAAUGUAUAGAUCCACUUUUAGAACUUUGAACGUUUAUAGUAAUUUAUUUCGGCACAAAUCGUCCCUAAUUCUUACACGGAACGUCCCCCGAGUCCUCUUCAACUCACCACUAGUCAUAAUUCAGCGUCGAAAUUAUGUCGAGGAUGUAAAAAAACAACCGGUUAAGUCACCACUCGGUAGUCUCAUAAAUAAAGAAACGAACGAAAAAGCAACAUCGGAAGAAGAAGAAGCGAAAAAACAACGAGAGGCAUCAUGGCGAACGAUGAAACUAACGUUAAUCUUCUUUGGAGUGUCUUUCACGUGUUUGGGGUCCUACUUGAUCUUUGUACUCGGGGCUCCUGAGAAGGACAGGGACGGCAAGGUGAUCGAAGACGACUUAUCGCACUUACCUCUGUGGCGUCAAUACUUAAUGCGGACGUAUAGAGAAUUGGAUAAUUACAGAAGAUUAAUCAAAGAGCCCUCUCGAGACAAGUUACUUCCAGAUCCCCUUCAGUACCCUUAUUUACAACCUAAAUAUACUCUAGUAUUGGAGUUGACAGAUGUUCUCGUGCACCCAGAUUGGACUUACAACACUGGGUGGCGGUUCAAAAAGAGGCCAGGCUUGGAUUACUUCCUAGAGUCUCUUCAUGGGCAUUACGAAAUCGUUGUCUACACAGCAGAGCAAGGAAUGACGGUUUUUCCCCUCAUUGAAGCCAUGGACCCCAAAAACAUCAUCGCUUACAAACUAGUCAGAGACGCGACGCAUUUCACAGGAGGGCAUCACGUUAAAAGUCUUGACAAAUUGAACCGGGAUUUGAGUAAAGUUAUUGUGGUGGACUGGAAUCCGAAUAGUGUACAGUUCCAUCCAGAGAAUCUCUUGAAAGUCAAGCGGUGGGAAGGAGCUGAUGAAGACCUGUCUUUGGUUGAUUUAUCGAUUUUCCUCAAGACUAUAGUGGAUAAUAAUAUUGAUGAUGUUAGGGAGGUUUUACUUUAUUAUAGUAAAUAUGACGAUCCGAUUGAAGCAUUUCGAGAGAAGCAGAAAAAGUUGAUGGAACUUUUAGAAGCACAAGGGGCGAAGAAAAAGGAACAAGAAGCCAAACCGAGACCGUGGGUUCCGACGAUUUUCUCACGAAAGCAGUUCUAAUUAGAUUAAUUUAAGACUUGUAAUUAUUUCGGUAAAAAUUAAAGUUUGAUAAAUAAAUCGUAUUUUAUUUCUUU